UGUUGUAAAAAUGUCAAUGUCAAAUGAAAAGUAAAAAUUCCCAUCGGCUUGGCUCAUUUCUAGGCUAAUUUAGUAUUUAUUAAUGCUUGAAUGACACAAAUAAAAGUGCCGGCUAGCUGAGUCAGAAUCUACAAAGUAGUAUUGAGAUUUUAUCUUUUCUUUAGCAAACUAAGCCUAACAAUGUCUCAUUUUAAAUUAAUAUCAUCAACUAAAGCUUCAGACGUCAUACCAGUAAACAAGUACGUGUCUGAAAAGACCGGCUUAAAAGUAAUUAUUGCAGAUGUUGAAGGGCCUGUUGUUAAUGGCUAUUUCUGUCUUGCUACUGAAGCUCAUGAUGACGACGGUCUACCGCAUACGUUAGAACACUUGAUAUUUUUGGGAUCAGAACGUUACCCUUACAAAGGCAUUCUUGAUUUGUUAGCCAAUCGGUGCAUGGCUCAUGGUACUAAUGCUUGGACUGAUACUGAUCAUACAUGUUACACUAUUUACACUGCUGGAGAGGAGGGGAUGUUGACUUUGCUGCCGAUUUACCUUGAUCACAUUCUUAGACCUACCCUUACUGAGGAAGGGUUUACAACGGAAGUGCAUCACAUUGAUGGUGAUGGAGAAGAUGCUGGGGUUGUCUAUUGUGAAAUGCAAGGUCGGGAGAACUCAGCAGACAGCAGAUGUGAGCUGCAAUUAUUGCGUGCCAUGUACCCUGACAGUGGAUACUCUUCAGAAACUGGGGGUAUUAUGAAAAAUCUAAGAACAUCAACUAACAAUACAAAAGUUAGAAACUUCCAUAAAAAGUUUUAUAGACCUGAAAAUCUCACAAUAAUUCUCACUGGACAAAUAGCAGCAGAAGAUGUGUUCAAUGCAUUAUCUAUUGUAGAAGAUGACAUCAUAGCUAAGAGGGAAAAGGAACCACAAGAGGAAUGGGUGAAGCCGUGGCAGACUAUCCCUCCACCACCACAUUAUGGGGAGUACACUGUGCAGUGGCCAGCAGAUACUGAAGAUUGUGGUCAGGUGAUGUUCGGCUGGCGAGGGCCGCUGUUAACGGAGGCGAGUGCUAUGAGAGAGUUGACGGCGUGCGCGGUGCUGCUGCGUUACCUGUGCGACACUGCCGCCGCGCCAUUGCAGCGCUGCCUUGUCGAGAGAGAAGAUGCAUUAGCGGGAGAUGUAUCAUACAACUUAACGGAAAAUCUAGUGCCACUUAUCAAGAUAGAACUGGAUAAUGUGCCGAUAAAGAAACUGCAGCUGGCUCGUGACGAUGCCCGCAAGUGUUUGUCCAGAGUAUGUUCUGGUGAUGAGGCCAUUGACAUGGAGCGGAUGAGGAGGCUGCUCAAAAAACAACUGCGGGAGAGUAUCGCCAGCCUUGAGUCUGAUCCACACCAUGCUGUAGCAUUCAGAUGUAUCGGAGAUGCAUUAUACUCACAGAACGAACAAGACUUUAUAUCAAGAAUGAACCCUCAACAAAUAUUAAUGGAACUAUUAGAGGAAUCCUCGUACUACUGGAUUGGUCUACUUAAGAAAUACUUCAAUGAAGAACUGGUUACAAUAGUUGGCUCGCCUAGCAUUGAACUACAGAACAAAAUGUCAGAAGAAGAAGCUAAGAGAAUAGAAGAACAGCAAAAGAAACUGGGGGAGAAUGGCUUAGCAAAGAAAGUGGAGCAACUGGCCGCUGCUAUGGAAUACAAUGAGCGUCCGCCGCCAGAAGGCCUGCUGGCGUCAAUCCCGGUACCCUCGUGUGACAACCUGAAGUGCCACAACAUCACAACAUGGAGCACGGACGGCGAGCCCUGCCCCUACUUUGACCUUAAGGAGAUCCCACUCUACACGCGUGUACACAGUCUUAACACUAAUUUUGUUUAUAUAAACAUAAUCCUAGACACGACAAACGUUGAGGAGAGCACACGCAAAUGGCUGCCGUUGCUGGUGAACGGUCUGGCGGAGUGCGCGGUGCGGCGCGGGGAGACGCUGGUGCCGCACGAGGAGGUCAUCUCCACCACUGAACACCUCACUGUACUGUUCAGCAAUAACAUCGGCUUCGACCGCCCCGGCAACUUCUCUGUCGGACAGUUUGGCAACUUCGUGCACAUUGAAGCCAGGUGCGAGCCGGCCGACUACGUGUCUGUGGUGCAUCACCUACAUGAGGUGCUGUACGCCCCCGAGCUCACCAAGGACCGCCUGCUCGUCUUCGCUCAGAGGAUGAUCAACGACGUCGCACAGGUGCGUCGCAGCGGCAACAAGAUGGUAUACGACAUGCUGCGUGACGCCCUCUACCGCCCUGACAGCAACGUGCACUGGUGUUCCGUGCUGCGCCAGCACCAGUUCCUCAAGGAGGUGGUGGAACGGCUGGGGGGAGGAGGUGCGGAGGGCGUGCUCGAGGACGCCAAGCGCGCCCUGGCGGCGCUCGUGCGUGACGCCUGGUUGCACCUCGCCGCAGACUUCGAUAGAUACAAGCUCAGCACCGAGCCCUGGAAGCGAUUCGCUAGAGAAAACGAAAUAACGCCCCUCAAGCCGAGGUUGUACUGGGACGCGGAGCUGAUGAGGGGCGGUGCUGGGGGCGGAGGCUUCGUGGUGGGCGUGGGCGGUAUUGAGUCCUCGUUCGUGGCGCAGAUGAGCCCCGGCCCGCUGGGGCACGCGCCGCAAGACCUCGCCCCGCUGCUCGUAGCCCUCAACUACUUUACCCAGCUGGAGGGUCCGAUGUGGCGUCUGAUCCGAGGCGGAGGGCUGUCGUACGGGUACAGCGCGCGCGCGGCUCCGGCUGAGGGCCGCCUCGUGUUCUCACUGUACCGCGCCGCCAACGCGCCCGCCGCAUACACCAAAGCCAAGAACAUUGUGGAGGAAUACCUGAAGGAGAAAAAAUUCGAUGCGGAGUUGUUCGCGUCGGCGCGCAGCACCGCGCUGUUUGAAGCUGUGGAGCAGGAGAAGUGUCCCGCGGACGUGGUGCGACACUCGCUGCUCAACUACCUGCGCCGCGUCUCUCCCACCUACAACAGGGAGCUGGUGCGUGCGAUCGCGGCGGUGGACGAGAGUAGCGCUGGUGCGGCGGCGGCGCGCUGGCUGCCCGCGCUGUUCGACCCCGCGGCCGGUACACUGGCGCUGGUCUGCCACCCCACCAAGGUCUCCGACCUGCAGGCUGCAUUCCAAAAGAUCAAUAUAAAUUUGGAUGCAUUCGAGUCAAUGGAGGCGUCGCAUUUUAACAAAUAAGCGCAACAAAGUGUACUUUUGUUAUUUGUAAAAUAAAGUGAAUAAUUAAAUAUUGUAAUUCAAGAAAUAAUACAAAAUAACGUAAAUGAAACCACAAAUACUGCUUGCUUGUGCCUUAUACAAAUGAAAGUGUUGGUUUGAUUUGUAAGGAUCACAGUUUUUAUAUACAUUUAAAUUUAAAUAUUAUAUAUUGUUUGCAUAUAAUUUUAUAAAUAAAACGAUAUAGUUAU